AUGAAGGUCCGCCAGCACACGCUGCCCGUGCUGCAGAACCUGCUCAAGCGCGACCCGCCGGCGUACAAGGAGGAGUUCGAGGCCAUCUGGCGCCAGUACCUCAGCGAGCUCGAGGUCUUCAAGCUCCGGUCCGCGGAGGGCGAGGCCGCGCCCGGCCGCCUCGCCAAGGACGGCGACGAGAAGCGGCUCGCCGAGCUCGCGACGUUCGUGAGCCACACGUGCAAGCACUACGACUUCGCCGCGCAGCGCUUCGGGCCCCAGCUCUGCCGCCUCCUCAAGGACCGCUGCGUGGGCCUCGCGCCCGAGCUCCGCCUGAGCCUCGUGCAGGCGUGCGUUUUAGCGCGGUCCAAGGGCCUCCUCGACCCCGUGGAGCUGCUCGAGCUCUGCUUCGAGCUGAUCCGGCGCGUGCGCGACCGCGCGCUCCGCGACGAGCUCCGGACGCACGUCGUCAACGACGUCCGCCGCUGCGCGCGCGGCGGCGGCGAGUCCAAGGGGUCGCAGCAGGCGUUGAUGAAGAAGUUCCAGCGCUGCCUCUUCUUCCACUGCGGCGACGCCUCCCGCGAGGGCAGCGACAAGUCGGCCAAGGUCGCGCUCGACGCCGUCGUCGACCUGUACGGCCGCGGCGUCUGGACGUGCGCGCCCACGGUGAACUGCGUGGGCCGCGCGUGCGUCGACGACCGGAGCAAGCUCGCGUGCACGGCCAUCCACUUCUUCCUGGGCAUCGAGCAGUCGCCCGUGCUCGACGAGCUGGAUUCGGACGACGAGGACGCGCGCGACGCGGGCAAGGCGUCCGACGCGAUAAAAAAGGGCCGGCGCGACGUCGACGUCCACAAGCACUCGAAGAAGACGCGGAAGCGCGAGCGCGACACGAAGAAGCAGCUCAAGCGCGUGAAGAAGCUCGCGCGCGACGCGACGGACCGGACCCGCGGCGACAGCAAGCCCGUGUUCCCCGCGAUCGCGCUCCUCGACGACCCCCACAAGCUCUGCGAGCGGCUGCUGGCGCGGCUCCGGGCGCAGAAGGACAAGUUCGAGAUCCGCGUGGCCAUGAUGGAUUUGAUUUCGCGCGUCGCGUGCGCGCACAAGCUCGCGCUGCUGCCGUUCUACUCCUACGUGCAGCGCUACCUCACGGCGCACCAGAAGGACGCGCCGAAGCUGCUGGCCGUCUUCGCCCAGGCCUGCCACGACCUCGUGCCGCCGGACGAGCUCGUCGCGGCCGCGCGGAAGAUCGCCGACGCGUUCGUGAGCGAGCGGAACGCGCCCGAGGCCAUGGCGCUCGGCAUCAACGCGCUCCGCGAGGUCGCGGGCCGCUGCCCGGCGCUGUUGGACGAGCCGGAGAUGCUGGGCUUCGUCCGCGACCUCGCGGCCCACGCGAAGCACCGCGACCGGUCCGUCGUCGUCGCCGCGCGCGGCUGGAUCAACGUCGUCCGCGAGCACUACCCCGCGCUGCUCCACAAGAAGGACCGGGGCCGCGCGCACGCGGCGUCGACGCGCGAGCCGGCGAAAUACGGCGCGGCGACGGCGGCGACGGCCGUCGAGGGCGAGGAGCUCCUGCGGGCCUACGAGCGCGGCGACCUACCGGAGGACUUUGACGACGCGGACGACGACGGCGCCGGCUGGGUCGACGUCGACGACGACGACGGCGGCGCGGAGGAGGACGGCGCGGAUGACGACGACGAGGAGGAGGAGGUGGAGGACGACGACGGCGACGACGACGGCGACGACGAGGAGGCGGGCGAGGACGAGGACGACGGCGAGGAGGACGACGAGGACGACGGCGAGGGCGGCUGGGAGGAGGCGUCG